AUGAAAAGAGCCUAUCCCGAUGAGGAAGAUGAUGUUUCGUUACCCGGAAAGCUGAUGACGAAUGCGUUUCGGCUACAAUGCGAUGAUGCUGAACGUGAGCGACAACCGGAUUCGAAUGUUAUUGUCAAAUGGGAGGAGCUGGCGAGGAAGGUAGCAGCCACACUUAAGGGUGUGAAAUUAAAGCAUCAUUGUGAGUACAAGCAUUUGGAUUCAUGGUCAAAACGUGGAAUUACUCAUCCACUCGUGGAGUAUGCUAGUGCCAUUGAGAAAACAACAUCAAGCGUUUUAACUUACGAAUGGAAAGCACCUAAAGAGGUUACCAUUCUUAGCGAGUCAGCUAUCGAUUUGUUAUGCUCGAAUUGUUUUACCAUAAAUAUUUUCGUCACAUUGCCCGAUAGUCUAUUUGGAAAGAGGGAUUAUAUAAAUCUUAUUUAUCCGGCUAAACGUGCGCAUUAUAUGUGCAGUUCGACUGUUGCACUACGAAAGGCUUUCUGCGAUUUUGUUGUCGAUAUUGUGCCGGGUUUUGCCACUGACAAGCUUUUUCCUAACCUUCAAAUCACAGAUAAUAGUGGCUCAGGAAGGAUUUUGAUACAUUUUGGUGCUUCUGAAUCAGCGUUAGCGAAGCCUUCUCGCUUUUCACCGAACGUCUCUAACCUACGAGCAUCUACAAUUUAUGAGAAUAUUACAAGUAAAGAUGAAGAAGCUACUCCGUAUUAUAAUCAGCGAAUUUUGCGUACCGUACUUGAAUCGACGGUUAUACGUCGAGUAUCAGCAGAACUUCGGCACAAGGAAACCGUUACAGCAGCACUUGCCCUCGUGAAUCGGUGGUUUACAUGCCGAGGAUAUCAUGAGUUUGAUCCCAUCUUUCUGGCAUGCUUCAUGGUUAAGCUGCUAGAGGAGAAUGUUGUUGUCAAUCAGCAAGAUCUGCUCACCUUGCUUCGAAAUUUCUUUGUAGCCAUAGUCAAUUGGGAUAUUUCUUCUCCUACUGGAUUCCAUCCCAAUGAUCUCGAAGAUGAUGUGAUCUCAGCUCACCUUGCUAGUUUCCCUGUUGUUUUCCUAGAUCACACUGGAUAUUGGAACAUAGCGAGCGGAAUACCUAAGGAAUCGCUCGUGCUGGGUAAAGGCAGACCUGGCUCGGUCGCUCCUGGUUUUAGGAGAUUGCCUGGCUUUUGACACACUAUUCCUUGAACGUCAUCAUUUCUUUUCGUCAUUUGACCACUAUUUCAGACUAGAACUAACGUCGGAAAAUCUUACGACACUCUUCAAAGCACUGGACUUACUUGUUGACACGGUUGAUGAAGACGAUCGCCUUGCAAAGUUCAUGUCGAAAUUCAUGAAGCGAAUCCACGAGUGCUUUGGCGAACGCUUUGAUAACGUCCAAGUCAGUCGUUUGAAGCACGAAAGGCAAAGCAACGCUACAUAUUUGAUUGGAUUUCGAACUAAGCGGGAAUGGUCGAAUCCAAUAACUGUUGGUCCUGUGGCGACGGAUCCGGCCUCCAAAGGUUUCCGAUCACUAUGGAAAGAGAAAACGCAGCUCAGGAAAUUUGCUGA